GUCACCAUCAUCGUCAUAUCGACAUCGUGAACCCGUUGUAUCGCUAUACGCACCGUCUAACAGGGACUAUACACCUCGAUCAAUAAAAAAAGAAAUAGAACAAGCACGAUGUCUUCCGAUCUCUGCCCCGUCUACGCUCCCUUCUUCGGUGCCAUGGGCUGCUGCGCCGCCAUCUCUCUCACUUGUAUCGGAGCCGCUUACGGUACCGCCAAGUCUGGUGUCGGUAUCUCGGCCAUGUCGAUCCUCAGGCCGGAUCUGAUGAUGAAGUGUGUCGUACCCGUCAUUAUGGCUGGUAUUAUCGCCAUUUACGGACUGGUCGUCUCGGUCCUCAUCUCGGGUGACCUGCAAUCUCCCAUGCCCUUGUACACCGGAUUCAUCCAGCUCGGAGCCGGUCUCUCGGUCGGUCUUGCCGGUCUUGCUGCUGGUUUCGCCAUCGGAAUCGUCGGAGAUGCUGGUGUCAGGGGUACGGCUCAGCAGCCGAGGUUGUUCGUCGGAAUGAUCUUGAUCCUCAUUUUCGCCGAGGUUUUGGGUCUGUACGGUCUCAUUGUUGCCUUGAUCUUGAACACCCGUUCGGGCGAGACUCCUGCUUGUAAAUAAGCGGAGAAUCGAUGAAUGACAUGUGUAGAUGUUGGAGACGAGAGAUCAAGGGGGAGGCGAUGAACCGAAGGGUGACUGACAUCAGGGGAUCCCGGGAUUCAGGGGAGAAAUGAUCCCCCUGUCUUCUAGGGUCAACCUGGAUCGGGAAGGAGUCUGAACACCGUAGAGGCGCUGGCGGCAUGAAUGCGCAGAGGAAGAAGAAAAACCAAGAAAACAUAUACUUUGCUCGUUUUGUUCCGUCCUGAUUCUCUGAACUAUAUAUAUAUACUCUGAUGGAUGAAUACAUAUAUACCUCUUUC